AGUUUAAUUACGUGUGGCUAUUAGCAAGAUAAUGUUGAUUUACGUCCUGCUUGGCCAACUGCUUAUAUAUAGUUGUGCAAAUAAGCGCAAUUCUUCGGUCGAGUGCUGUUCUUUGGCGACGUGUCUUUGUUGAGAACAGAGAGAGAUUAUCACUAAAAAAGGUAUUCACGUGGCGAAGAUGAGGAUUGUUGCUGUCUUCGGAAUAUUGUUUUCGUCGAUUGUUGUCAUUCGUUGCUCGUUUCUUACUCUUCGUCGCGACAAAUGCACGAAACUGCCGCCAAUGUGCUACCAACUCAUCAAUUCCGAGUACACGCGCAUGUAUCUGCCGAACAUUUUGAAUCAGUCCCGCUACGAAGACGUCGUAAAAGAACUGAAAGUGUGGAAACCACUUCUCAACACGACCGUAUGCAACGCUCGCCAUCAGCUGAAGUAUUUCUUGUGCUUCACGUACGCCCCCGUAUGCGUCGCCGACCAUUUCAUAUACACUUGCCAAUCUUUUUGUCGGAGGUUGCGCGACUCGUGUGAUCCCAUUAUGCGAUCCCUCAACUACAGUUGGCCGCCGUUCUUCGAUUGCAACGACGAGAAAAAGUUCAGAAAUAAUUCCACAACGAUGUGUAUAAGCGACGCGAUGCUUGGACUCAAGCAGGAGGAGUGCUCGUGCCGUAGAAGUUAUACGAGAAGAGCUUUAAAAUCACACAUUUGCAAGAGCGAUUUUGUCAUAAGUGCCUGGGUGCCGAGACAUAACAGAAAAGGAAGGUACAUUCAUGUGAAGAUUUCCCGCGUCUUUCGACAAAGCAGUGCGUAUGUCCGAAACGUAUUACAAUCCCCAUCCACAACACUCGCUCUUUUUACGGCGCCCAAAGGUUGUCGGUGUCGAAGGCGUCUGAAACAAAGGAGUGGACGCUUUCUCAUUAUCGGCCGCAUGGAAAGCGGUAGAGUUCUGUGGGUCACGGCGCUCAAGAAGAUGCAGGAUCGACGCAUGAUCAGAAAAAUUAUCAAUAAAUGUUGAGCCCCUUCAAAUCCUUCGAAAAGGAAACUUUGUUGUUUGUAGAAUAUUUGUGAUAGUUAAUGCGAUAGCUGAUAUGCUGUAUUUUGUAUUAAAGAGUAUUUUAUCAGAAACGUAAAUUGCAACUCGGAAUGACUAGUCGAACAUUUCAAAAUAGCUAGCUCUCGAAAAGACGAAUUGUGUAAUGUGUUGUAAGAGAUGUUUUUUAUAUAAAAGAUAUAUUUUGUCGUUCUUCCUCUUUGUUGAUGUUUUACAAAAAAAAAAUGCUGAAAUUGUCAAACAUUUCUACAAUUGCAACAAUUUUCUGUAAGUAUAUAAAGGCAGCAGAAAAAAAUAUAAAAUUCAGUGGUGUCGA